AUGGCAAAGCUUUCGCAACAAUUAGAAUACUUUAUACAUAAAAAAAUAUCAGGUGAUGUUAAUUGGGCAGGAAUAGAAAUAAUAUUAUCAGGGCAUGAAGUACCAGGAGAAGGGGAACACAAAAUAAUGGAAUAUAUUCGUACUGUUAAAGCUCAACCAGACUAUAAUCCAAAUGUCAGACAUUGUUUAUAUGGAUUAGAUGCAGAUUUAAUUAUGUUAGGACUUUUAAGUCAUGAUCCUCAUUUUGCAUUAUUAAGAGAAGAGGUAUCAUUUGGUCCAUCUAAAACAAAAAAACAAGGACGAUUGGAAUUACAGAAUUUUUAUCUUAUGCAUCUAUCAGUAUUACGUGAAUAUUUGGAUCUCGAAUUUUCUUCUUUGAUGGAAUCAAUUAAUUUUGAAUAUGAUCUUGAAAGGAUAAUAGAUGAUUUUUCAAGAUUUCCAGAAUUUAUAAAAGUUUUGGAAAAAAAUCAUAAAAAUGAAAUUUAUAAUUCCGAAGAUUUUUAUCCAAAAAAGAGUGCAAACCAAAAAAUUCAAUUGAUCAAAGAAUGGUUGAAAUCCAUUGAAGUAAGAUGUUUUGAGAAGGUUUCGUUGGAGACAGAACAAUUGGAUAAAGAAGCAAUUCAAAAAAUUGAAGCUGCAGCCGAUGAAUUUGCGAAAGAACCAAUGUGGACACUUAUCCCGAUUGAAAAAGUCGAUCGAAAUGUAAGAAAUAACUAA